AUGCGACGGGGCGGGGCGGUCCUGCUGGGUCUGUGCCUGGGCCUCCUGCGGCCCGGCCGCGGUGAGCGGAGCAGGGGCCAGCCCCUGCAGGUGGAGCCCCCGGAGCCGGUGGUGGCCGUGGCCCUGGGCGCGUCGCUGCAGUUCACCUGCCGCCUGGCCUGCGCGGGCUCCGGGGCGGCCGCGGUGCAGUGGCGGGGCCUGGACACCAGCCUGGGAGAGGUGCAGUCGGACUCGCGCCGCAGCGUGCUCACCGUGCGCAACGCCUCGCUGUCUGCGGCGGGCCCCCACGUGUGCGUGGGCUCCUGCGGGGACCAAACCUUCCAGAAGACUGUGCAGCUCGUGGUGUAUGCCUUCCCGGACCAGCUGAGCGUCUCCCCAGCGACCCUGGUGCCUGGGGUGGACCGGGAGGUGGCCUGCACAGCCCACAAGGUCAUGCCUGUGGGCUCUGAUGUCCUCUCCUUCUCCCUGCUCCUGGGGGACCGGGAACUGGAAGGGGUACAGACUCUGGGCCCCCCUGAGGUGGAGGAGGAGGAGCCCCAGGAGGAUGAGGAUUCGCUGUUCCACGUGACAGAGCGCUGGCUGCUGCCCCCACUGGGGACCCCAAACCUGCCUGCACUGCACUGCCAGGCCACCAUGAGGCUGCCCGGCGUGGAGCUCAGCCACCGCCGGGCCAUUCCAGUCCUACACAGCCUGACCUCCCCGGAGCUGCCCAACAUGACCUCCCUGAAGACCCCUGAUGCAACCUCCCCGGAGCCCCUCUACUUGACCUCCCCAGAGCCCCUCAACACGACCUCACCAGAGUCCCCGAACACAGCCUCAUUGGAGCCCCCUGACAUGAUCUCCCCGGAGGCACCCCCCAAGCAGGGCUCCAUGGGGACUUGCUGCCCUGAGAUCCGCCAGGCUGUGCCCACAGAGGGAGGAGUGGCCCCCAAAAGCUCGCCCAGCCCGGGGCCUGCCCAGCUGCCCACGGACUUGUGGACGGGCAGUGUGGUGCUGGCCCUGCUGCUCCUGUCCUUCAUUGCCUACCGCCUGCGGAAACACUGCCGCUGCCCGGACUCUGGCUGAGGACAACGGCCACCUGCCAGCUUCUCCGCGGCUCCCCCUCCCAGAGUCAACCUGGGCCGGAUGAUGGGAGACCCACCGGACAGAGCAGCCCCUCCUGAGCAGCCAGCCUUUCCCUCCACCCAGUUGAGACCAGAGAAUGUUUGGGGCCUGACCAUGGGUGCCCGGCACGCUCAGGCGCUCCAGCUGGUUGUGUCCCCAGUGGGGCUCCUGGGGAGCCCACUCCCCCAACUGUCCAGGC